GCGGUGGGCAGGAUGGGACGUUCAACUCAGAGCGGAAGAACAGCGUGGAGGUGGAGAGCAGUGCGGCCGAGAAGAGAGAGAGAGAGAAAAAAAAGUUCACGCAAAGUCUUUGGAGUAUGAACAAAUACACUUUAACGCUUUUCGUCUUGUCUAUUGGUUGUGUUGUGUGCCAGGGAGGUAACCUAUGCUGCUCAGAGCCAUGCCAGAACAGAGGUGUUUGCACAGCCCUCGGAACUGACGCUUAUGAAUGUGACUGCACACGGACUGGCUAUUAUGGUCCAAAUUGCACAACCCCGGAAUUCCUCACCCGGGUAAAAGUGCUCCUGAAGCCAUCACCCAACACAGUCCACUAUCUUCUCACCCACUUCAAGGGCUUCUGGAACAUCAUCAACAAUAUCUCAUUUCUCAGAGAUGCCAUCAUGAAAUAUGUGCUGACAUCUCGCUCCCACAUGGUUGACAGCCCCCCAACCUACAAUGCGGAUUACGAUUACAAAAACUGGGAAGCCUAUUCCAACCUUUCGUACUAUACGAGGGCGCUCCCCCCGGUGGCACAGGAUUGCCCAACCCCAAUGGGAGUAGUAGGUAAAAAGGAGCUCCCCGAUAUGAAGCUUCUUGCAGAGAAGCUCCUGUUGAGGAGGCAGUUCAUCCCCGAUCCACAGGGCACCAGCCUCAUGUUUGCAUUCUUCGCUCAGCACUUUACACACCAGUUCUUUAAAUCGGACAUGAAGAAGGGUCCUGCCUUCACCCUGGCAAAAGGUCACGGGGUGGACCUCAAUCACAUUUAUGGAGACAGCUUGAAGAGGCAAUACAAACUGAGGCUCUUGAAAGAUGGCAAACUUAAACAUCAGAUGCUGGAUGGAGAGAUGUACCCUCCAACAGUAAAGGAUGUGGGCGUUGAUAUGCACUACCCCCCUCAUGUCCUCGACUCUCACCGCUUUGCUGUGGGCCAUGAAGCUUUUGGCCUCGUCCCCGGUCUCAUGAUGUAUGCCACCAUUUGGCUCCGGGAACACAACCGAGUGUGCGACGUUUUGAAGCAAGUCCAUCCAUACUGGGAUGACGAAAGACUCUUUCAGACCUCGCGGCUCAUUCUGAUAGGUGAAACCAUCAAGAUUGUGAUUGAGGACUAUGUGCAGCACCUGAGUGGCUAUAACUUCAAGCUUAAAUUUGACCCGGAGCUGCUGUUCAGCCAGCGUUUCCAGUACCAGAACCGCAUUGCAUCGGAGUUCAACACCCUGUACCACUGGCACCCACUGAUGCCCGACUCCUUCCACAUCGAGGAGAAAAACUACAACUAUAAAGAGUUUGUCUUCAACACAUCUGUAGUGACUGAGCAUGGCAUUGCCAACCUGGUGGAGUCGUUUACCAAACAGAUUUCUGGGCAGGUUGCUGGUGGCCGGAAUGUCCCAGAACCGAUUCUGUAUGUGGCUAUUAAGUCCAUAGAGGGCAGCAGACAAAUGCGUUACCAGCCUUUGAACGCCUACAGGAAAAGAUUCUCUAUGACUCCAUACAAGUCAUUUGAAGAUUUGACAGGGGAAAAAGAAAUGGCAGCUGUGCUAGAAGACAUGUACGGAGAUGUCGACGCUGUGGAGCUCUACCCAGGCCUACUUGUGGAAAAACCCAGACCCGAUGCCAUCUUUGGGGAGACCAUGGUGGAGAUGGGGGCCCCUUUCUCACUCAAGGGCUUGAUGGGCAACCCCAUCUGCUCUCCAGAAUACUGGAAGCCCAGCACCUUUGGAGGAAGCGUUGGAUUCGACAUUGUCAAUACAGCAUCUCUGCAGAAGCUUGUGUGCGAUAAUGUGCGGGGACCCUGUCCAGUGGCAUCAUUUCGCGUGCCUGACAUCGAAGAUACAGGCUCCGUCGUCAUUAACUCAAGCACGUCCCCCUCACGCAGUGGUGACAUCAACCCUACAGUCAUUUUGAAAGAAAGGACUACUGAGCUCUAAUGGGGUUUUGGAUUCAUUUGAACUAUUUAUUUAUUUAUUUGUUAUUAUUUAUUCUAUUUAUGAUAGAAAUUCUACGUAAGCAGACUUUUGUAUGUAAUUUUAGAUACUUCUAUGGCUGUGUUUAUUUAUUAAAGGAGAAUGUAUAAGUUAUUGUAAAAUGAAAGACCUCAGUGACUGCAACCUGAUACUUGAAAGCUAGUUUACGAUUCAAUCACAGUGUAAGUUUUGUUGUUGCCGUGUCUUUAGACAGAGUGCUGCUUGUCUUCCACUUGUGAUUAUGCGUUUUCUUCUGUUUUACUGUAACACAAUAAAUGUUACUUCUUAAGAUCUGGAAUACUACUGGAGACAGUAAAAUAGGGGCACUAAUGGUAAUAUUCACAGUGGCUCACAUGAUUGUAAUAAGUAUUUCGGAUGAAUAAAUUAUAUUUCUGACAUA